AUGGCUGCUGCGACCUCCUACUUCCUGUGCGCCCUGCUGACCCUGCUGCUGGCUCUCGCCAUCUACUUCAACCCCGACGAGGCGUCGUUCGUCGCGUUGGUGACAUCGCACGUCGGAAAGAAAGGAGGUUAUUGGGCUGGCCUUGCUGCACAUGUUGUGUCCGGAUUCCAGUCAAAGCUUGGUGUUGCUUUCCAUCUCCACAACCUCUUGGUGUGCUCCUUCCUGAAGUACAUGGGCAGAUGGUACCUUGGAGCAUUCGGCCUGUGGAUCCCAAUGCCCUCCCACCCUGCCCUGGACUGGGCAUCAGAGAGCAUAAAGCAGUGGAGGCUGACUGUGGUGGAGGGGCUAAUCGCCCUCAACCUGCUGGUUUUUGUCCUCUGGCUGCUGCUUCCGGCCCGGGUCAUGGCAAACAAUUUUGAGGUGUCCAAGAUGAACUUGCAGCACAGGCCAUGGGCGGUCUUUGCUGCCAACUUCUCCCACGACAGUCCCAUCCACCUGCUCGCCAAUCUGCAGAUGCUCAGCAUCAUUGGCCCACACCUGAGAACUCUUAUCGGCUCCAAAGCGGUCUUUCUGGUGUACACGCUGGGGGGUAUGGGUGCCCAGGCGGCAUCACUGGCAGGAAAUUCGUACAUGAACCGAGCUGCUUGGACAUCAAAAGGUGCCAGCGGCGCUGUCUACGCGCUUCUUGCCUGCAACGCUGUGCUGGAUCGCGGCUGGACCGUCUACCUCGCGCCCUUUGGCCUGCACUCGACGCCGCUGGGCAUGCUCACUGUGCGCCUGGCCAUCGACAUGCUGGCCGCGUGCAUGGGUGGCGCGGUGGACUUUUGGGCGCACAUUGGCGGCACUGCGACUGGGCUGCUGUAUAUGAAAUACCUUCACGCAGGGGAGGUGAUCAUGGGACCCUGA